UCCAAUUCAGGUCAGUGAUAUUGGAAGACAGAAGGCAGCAUAUUGAGUCAAAAUAUUUCAGCAGAAACUAGUAAACAAAUAAUCACUGUCGAACAUUUUAAUAAGGAGUUGUAACGCUACAUAAGUGCACUGUUUAACAUUCAAUUAUUAAUGCAACCCUAAAGUCUCGCGGUGUUACGAUUCAGACAUCUUGCAUUUUAAUAAGUCUAGUCUCUGAGAUAUUGCUGUUAUAGCAACAUUCACACUGUUCUUAUUUCCCACAAAGACGCGUUUGUUGAAGGACCUAAUCAUUUCCCUCCGCAUCAAAGCGGGUGAAGUGGGAGGCUGGAAGAAGCUUCGAGUGCCAGUUCCACGGAGUGCAAACGGUUUCUAGCGGGGGGGUUCUCGCGCCGUAUUGUGCGUCAUCUCCAUCGCUUAGAUAUAUUUUUAUCCACGCAGUGACAACAUGGCGACUCCCGCUGCGGUGAACCCGUCUGAAAUAGCCAGUGAGCUGCCAGGUCCGGUAGUGAUGCCUGGAGGAGUUGGGAGUGGCCAGGUGAGAAUGGCAGGUGCCGUGUCAGGCCGCGGUGGGAAGAGGAGAUCAGGAGGAAUGGACUUUGAUGAUGAGGAUGGUGAAGGACCCAGCAAAUUUUCAAGAGAAAACCACAGUGAGAUUGAACGACGCCGGCGUAACAAAAUGACCCAGUACAUCACUGAGCUGUCAGACAUGGUCCCUACAUGUAGUGCCCUGGCCAGAAAGCCCGAUAAGCUAACCAUACUACGUAUGGCGGUCUCCCAUAUGAAGUCCAUGCGGGGGACAGGCAACACUUCUACUGAUGGGGCGUAUAAGCCCUCCUUUCUCACUGAACAGGAACUGAAGCACCUUAUUCUGGAAGCAGCAGACGGCUUCUUGUUUGUGGUGGCGGCAGAGACUGGUCGAGUCAUCUAUGUGUCGGAUUCUGUGACUCCAGUGCUGAACCAUCCCCAGUCAGAGUGGCUUGGCAGUACCCUGUAUGAGCAGGUUCACCCAGAUGAUGUGGACAAGUUGAGAGAACAACUCAGCACUUCAGAAAACUCAAUGACAGGACGAAUUCUGGACCUGAAGACGGGGACUGUAAAGAAGGAAGGGCAGCAGUCUUCCAUGAGGAUGUGUAUGGGCUCCAGGCGCUCCUUUAUCUGCCGCAUGAGGUGUGGAAGUGCGCCACUGGAUCACAUCUCCCUAAAUCGUCUGUCUAACAUGAGGAAAAGAUACAGGAACGGCUUGGGACCAUCCAAAGAAGGAGAGGCUCAAUACUCUGUGGUGCAUUGCACUGGGUACAUCAAAGCCUGGCCCCCUGCAGGCAUGACCAUACCAGAAGAGGAUUCAGAAGCGAGUCAGACAGGAAAAUACUGCCUGGUGGCCAUUGGGAGACUGCAGGUAACCAGCUCUCCAGUCUCCAUGGAUAUGAAUGGCCUGUCAGUUCCAACAGAGUUCCUCUCACGUCAUAACUCCGAUGGUGUCAUCACAUUUGUUGAUCCACGCUGCAUUAACGUCAUUGGUUAUCAACCUCAGGACCUGCUGGGAAAGGACAUUCUGGAGUUUUGCCAUCCUGAGGACCAGAGUCAUUUGAGAGAAAGUUUCCAGCAGGUAGUGAAACUGAAGGGACAGGUGCUGUCUGUCAUGUAUCGUUUCCGAUUGAAAAACAGAGAGUGGAUGCUGAUCAGAACCAGUAGUUUCACCUUCCAGAAUCCCUACUCUGACGAGAUAGAGUACAUAAUCUGCACCAAUACCAACGUCAAGCAACUGCAACAGCAACAGGCAGAGUUAGAGGUUCAUCAGAGAGAUGGAAUCACAGCUUAUGAUCUAUCCCAGGUGCCUGUGGCAGGAGUCAGCAGUGGAGUCCACGAUACAGGGAAGACCAUUGAUAAGACAGAGACUCUCUUCUCCCAGGAGAGAGACCCACGCUUUGCUGAAAUGUACACCAGCAUAUCUGGCUCGGGAGACAAGAAGAUGAUGGUUCCCUCUUCUACGGCAGGAGGACAGCCUCUCUACACCCAGAGCUCUCCCUUCCAGCAGGGCCACUCUGCCAAAAGCUUCAGCUCUUCUGUGAUCCAUGUUCCUGGUGUAAAUGACAUCCAGUCCUCAGGGUCGUCCAAUCAGAAUCUAGCUCAGAUUUCUAGACAACUUAAUACAGGCCAGGUAGCUUGGUCAGGCAACCGACCCCCAUUUGCUGGGCAGCCCAGCAAAUCCCAGUCCAGUCCGUUUGGUAUCGGUUCUGGCCACAACUACCAGACUGACCCCGCCUCCUACAGUCCACUAUCGUCUCCGGCAACAUCCUCGCCCAGUGGAAAUGCUUACUCAGGCCUGACAAAUCGCAGCACAGCCUUUGAUGUGUCAGGAGAAGGUGGUCAAAGUGGAGGCCAGUUCCAGGGUCGCCCCAGUGAGGUCUGGUCCCAGUGGCAGAACCAGCAUCAUUCCCAGCAGUCGGGGGAGCAGCACUCACACGCCAACCCCAGCCAGACAGAGGUCUUCCAGGACAUGCUGCCUAUGGCUGGAGAUCCCACCCAGGGGACAGCGAACUACAACAUUGAGGAUUUUGCGGAUCUCGGCAUGUUUCCACCCUUCUCUGAGUAAAGGUUGCCUCUACGACCUACCGAUGGACUUAUGUUUCUUAUGUUUCAUCAAAUUUUUUUUUAAUAAGAGCAGCACUCGGCCACCUUAGAAAAGUUAAUGUCAUAGUAAUUCAUUACUCGUAUCUCCAUAAGACAUUCAUUACUGUUAUCUCAUAGCAAAAUAAUGCUCCAUCUAUAAGGCCUGAAGAAUGAACUGGUGGAUGCCCUCACACCCUAGGGAUUCUGCUUAAUGGAGAGUCUUAGUUAGUCGAACCUUUCUCAGCUUGUGAUUGGAUGUUGAUGUUCAGGUCGCUGUGUGUGUCCUCUAUGCAUUCUGUCAGCAUUCUGAACAGACACAUCUGUCAGAGCUCAUCACCAUCAUUAAGACUGAAUGAAGGAGAACUUAUUUUUAGUUUUCUUAAAGAACAAGAGGAAUAUGGAAAACUGUGUAUUACCUUAAAUGUCCAACUCUUCCUACAUGCUAUGAUUUUUACUUUCAAACUGUCCAUCUAAUCUAAAACAUCAAGUUUUUUUUUUUAAUAUUGCACCAAUCAAUUGAGAUGUAAUACCCAAACAAUUAGAAUGUUUUUUGGAUAUUAGAUCCUGUUCCUGUUCAUUGAAUGUAUCUAUAAUAAAACUUCUUCUAUUUAGAUUGUUUUAGUUCAGUAAUUCUGGUGCCGCUGCUUGGAAAUAGGCACCAGCACACCUCCUGACCCCACUAGGGACAAGGAUAUACAGAAAAUGGAUGGAUGGAUGGAUGGAUAGUUCAGUAAAAUCUUAUAAAGGUUACAACAGAUUCUUUGAAGUAAAAAUAGGAAUAAUGUUGGAAUUCUUUCAUUCUCUGUUGAAUUUCAAACUUCUACCUCCACCAAGGAACCCGCAGAACAUUUUUUCAGUUAUGGUCAGUAUAAAGUUUUCUUCAGCUUUUUUAUUUUUGAAUUAAAUAAAGUUCACCUGAAGGAAGUCGUAUCUUUAUAGGCGAAUGUGCAGAACAGAUCUGCGAUUUGUGUCAAUUGUAAUUGACAAAAGGCAGGUAGCGUAGCCUUCUAUAAGAAACAAACUUAGUGCACCAAAAGGAAUUUACUAUAUUACAAUAUGUUCACUAUGUAAAUAUUUUAUAAAAUGUUAAAAUGCUACAUUAGAAUUCCUUUUAUAUAUCUUCACUUUAAUUAGACUUCUGACAAGUAGCAGAUCUCAUGAGAAAGGAAAGAUUUUUUUUGCCAUUUUCUUUAUAAUGACGACAUUGUGGGUCUUAUGUUUUCAACAUCAAAAAUGAAUCUUUCCUCAUCCGUUUUGAAAUACUGUACCACCACAAGCUGUACUACAAUACAAAAAUAAAGGAACUAGCAAUGCAGCGCAGAAGAAAAGCAGCAACAUAAAGUAGUUUUUGCCUUUAUGUUUUACUGUUUAGAGGCAAAACAGCAUUGAACAGAUUGUUGCCUAGAACGUGGACCAGUCACAGCCUCUCUGGGUUGGUUUAGGGAAAAUAAUGAGCAGAUGUUUUGAUGCACGUCAGACGCCCCAGCCGUUACGUUAUAAAGGCUUUAAAAGUAAAUUAAAAUCAGCCAAGACAGGUAAAACUUUAAAGACCACUGGAUCUUGGGCUAGUAAAUCCCAAUUAAUGCAGAUUGAACAAGUGUCACAAACAAUAAUCAGUAAUAAACUAUAAUCUUUAUUGUCAUGUAAUAACAUGACAAUAAAGAUAACAUGGACUAUGACGAAAGUGGGUGAUAAAUAAGUAGAUAAAUAGUACUAGAUGGCAUUUAAUGCUUUUAUGGCUACUGGGUAUAAACUAUUCUUCGGUCUGUUUGUCCUUGCUUCCCGCAGCAGGUGGAACAAACCUUGUCAUCCUCUAAUUCAUCUCAAAGUCUUCUUCUCUUUUCACCUGGGAUGAGUGACUGGACUGUGCGAAGUCCAGUCACCAUUAUUUUCUCAAUGUAUGUCUGUACCUAAAGCCCUUUGAGUUGGAAAAUGAAAAAAAAAAAAACGUGUUAAGAUCACUGACUGCAGAGAGCAGCAGAAGACAAUCCGUUUCCGUCUCUCUGUAAACCUAUGUAGUGAUGUCCUGAUUUUUAGAAAACACUUCAUGCAACAAUAGCAGGAUUAAAUGCAUUUUAAAAAUGAAGAAAUUUUAGUAUACCAUUGCUGAGUUACUGCUUAACCUCCUGACUACCAGGGAAAAAAAUAUUGUCCAAUCACAAUUUUUUUUUAAAUUCCACAAUCUUUGUAAGGUAAAUAGAAGACUGCAAAAAAUAUUUUUGGAAAAAAAGUUUUUAUUUUUGAAAUAUCAUGUGUCCACUACAGUGGACAUCGGAACUCCAUACGUUUAAAAUUGAACCUUGAUGGCAACCAGUUUGUCCCAAAGAAAAUAUCCAAACAUCAACAUAAGAAUGAAUUUCACAUUGACAAAACUGUCCAUCAUCACACUAACAAAUAUUAGUGGAUCAUAGCAAUUCCUGUGCUUAAUUGCUAUGAUACUUCAAAAAGCAAUUCCCCUUCUUGGAAACACAAAGGAACACUUUGCACUUUGUGCACAUCACAUAUGUUUUGCUUGUGCAGCCAGAUCUGCGACAUCUUGACGCAUGUGUUUCGUCCACCAUCUCUGGAAGAUGGAUGGCACCAUAGUGUCUCAGAGCUGCAUUUGGCUGUGGUUUCCACUUUUGACGUGGAGGAGUGUAGUCAUCUUCACUGUCACUUCCAAUUCCUGCUUGGGCCCGAGUAAUCAACUCCUCACCAAGGAGCAGUUUGAAGUUAAGCAACUUCAGUGGUUUCUUCCCCAGAAACUGGCAGUCACUCUUAUACUGAAGCCAUGAGUUGGCAAUUGCCAGGUCAAAAAAGUGGAAAACUGCACGCACUGUCCAUUUCCGAGUGCGAGAAGCCAUCCUGUAGAAACUCAACAUUCGGUCAACCAAGUCCACGCCACCCAUGUUGGUGGCAAUUGCUAGUGGCCUUGACACCUGGACAAAUCUUUUGUCUUUCUUGGACCAUCUUCUGCGUGUGUCCUGAGGUUCAAUGCCAUAGGCAUAGGAUGCCAUGACAACUGGCUUGUUGUCCAACCAUUUUAUGACAGCAACUUCAGAAGGGCUUCGUCUGACAACCAUCUCUUCCUUUCUUUUUGAAGGUCUUGUCCUCUAUGAUCUUACAGUCCUUUGGAAUCCUGUUACUCAUGAGCGUUCCAGUUCCUGUUAACCCUUUUGUCAUCAGGGUAUCAAGGAGGUUGAUUGUUGUAAAGAACCUGUCAAAGAACAGGUGGGUUCCUUGAGGAACAGACUCUGCCAAAUGAAGAACAGCUUGUUCUCCAAUGCUAUUUCCUCCUGUAACUUGGAAGGUAGUCUUACCUUGGUAGACUACAAAGUCCAAGACCAGACCAGUCGGUGCAGCCAAGACUGGACUUUCAAUCCAGUUGGAUGUGGUUUGCCCGGUACAUACUGGCGCACUGGGCAUCUACCAGUAAAUGGAACCAUUUGUUCAUCAAUGCACAAUUUCCCUGUUCUAGGCAGACUCAAACAUCCUUGCCUUACUUUGGUCAAGAGGGGCCUGAUUCUCCACAAGAGAUCUUUUUUCAUCAUCUGAGACGACAUCAAGGUCAUUGACGAUCUUGAUGGAGUUUCUAAGCUUGUAAAACCGAUUUCUGGUCAUAGAUUCUGCCAUAAUUUGAACUCUGGUAUUUGAGGCCCAAUACAUUUGAAUGUUUGGGUAUCCUAGACAGCCCAUGUAAAUAGAAUUCCCAAAGAAUGUCUUCAGUUCGUCAGGAGUGGUAUUUAAUGUUGCUCCAGACACAAGGACUUCACGCUGAUUUGUGCACAGGGCCAUCACUUCAAACACAGAGUCAUCAAUGUACUGCUUAAAAUAAUCCAUUGGGGUCCAGUUUUGGCGUGUCAUGGCAUCAUUGCUCUGAAUGAUGGGAGAAUCACUGUGUUGGAAUUGGAAUCUUAAAAAAAAACAAUAAAGGAAAAUAAAACAAAAUUAGAAUGAGUCUCAAUUUUUAGAGAAUAAAGUUUUUUUAGAAUACAAACUCAAGGUGUACUUCGUAUUCUGGCUCCACAGAGGACGCCUACUGGACUGAGAUGUGGACUGUCUUGCUUCAUCUGACUCUGCAUCUGCUUGCCCUGCCUGAAUUUCAUCCUCAGAGCUCUCUGAAUCAACUUUCUCUGCUUCUGCCUGAAACACUGCAUCUUCACCUUCUUCAUCAGACAACUCAAUAUCUGAGUCUCCAUCAAUAAUCCGCAGUAAAAUUCUCUCUGCAUCUGAGAACGACUCCCUUUCUUGUCAUUUAAAAAAAUCAACAAAAAAACCAAAAAAACAGAGGAAAUAACUACAAAUGUCCACUACAGAGGACAAUUUUUCAACUUUUAAAUACUACGAUAAAAUACAGUCAAAAUACUUCAUAGAAUGUUUUAUAUGUUGCAAAGAGACUUAUUUAGAAUAUGCCAACAAAAUUUUUAACCAAAAUUUGCACAAUAAGAAGUAUUAUGGACUUACUUUUUUUCUUCCCAUAAAAUGUGCUUGUACUGACGGACGCCAUUUUCUGAGUGAGGAAAAGUAAGGUUCAAAAGCCCCACCCCUUCACAUUUGGUAUCAUUGAAAAGCCCUAAAUGUCCUCUGUAGAUAGCAAAAGGAAUUAAUUCAGUAGUAUGCAGUGGGUGGGAGAUAUUCAAGCUUACAAAUGUCCUCUACAGAGGACAAAUUUGAACUACUGGUAGUCAGGAGGUUAUAGUGCAUUUCAUGACGCUAACUGUUCAUCACACCGGCCUGCUGCCAAGCAGUGUGCAGUAUGUCUGUCUUCAGCUGUCACUGCUUGACUCUAAUUUAUUGUUAUAUAUUUAUCCACCAAAAGGCUGAAUAACUGCUUGCAGUGAAGUAACGUUUACAUGAUGAACUGCAUGUCCUUGACAAAUGGAAUAAACUUUAGACAUCUUUUGCUGAGGAUCUAAAAUUAUUAUUUUUUCAAUAUUGUGACUUUUAUGUCAACUCAUCUUACAUUCACAGAGUACAUUUUUGUGUAAGUCUUAAUGAUACUGUGUAUAAUGUGAGUGUGUAUUUAACUAUUAGUACGUGUUGGUUAGGUAGUAAACUGUACAUUGACUUCUAGACCUGUUUAAACUGUGUAAAUGUGACCCAUUAUUUUGUGUAAAACUGUGCUUGUGACAAUAAAUUCUUGAUUUGGUGGCUUCCAUUAAA